AUGAUAACUAUAUCAAUAAAUAUUUGCUUUAUACUGAUUUUCUUAUUCAGUUUAUCAUUCUAUGAAGUGAAUAGUACUCUGUGUUCUGAUAUAUCUCAAUAUGGUCGAUGUUCAACGAAUAGUGCUUGUGGUUGUUUUCCUAUGAGUGGUGCUGAUAAUGUUGGAAUAUGUGGUUUUCUUUGGACAAGUUGUUCAACUCUUGAUCUAUGUGAUUCUGUAACUAAUGCUUGUGCUAAAGAUGAACAUAUUUGUAUUCAUCAUCCACGAUGUCAUGUAAAACCUGUUUGUUAUCCAGCAUCAAUGAUUAGUUCACGAGUUUGUCCACCACUAGCAAGUAAGAUGAAUUAG